UGGAUGACUGUGGCGACAGCAGCGACGAGCCUGCGAUGUGCACACCGUGCAAUCGCACUUAUCACGGCCGCGAAGGACGCACGUACAAGCUGGACUUGCCAAGACCUUCCGAAGAGCGGCUGCCGUUUCUCUGUCACCUGACGUUCACCGCGGCCGGCCAGGGCUACGGCGAACUGGUGCAGUUGCUAUGGGACGCGUUCAGCGUGGGCCGCGUCGACAUUAAUGCCGACAACUACUUUACCAGCUGUCCCGAGGGCUCGCUCCAGCUUGCCGAACUUGGCAGACACUUCACCGGCGGCUCCUGGUGUGGAGUCGGAGAGAGUCGUGCGUCCUACUACAGUGAAACUAGCACGGUUACUGCUUCUAUCAGGCUCUUCCAUGCGCCAUCCACAGUGCCGUUCGAAUUCCGUCUUCGUUACCGUUUUGUCGCGCGCAAUGAGGCAGUCGCUCGACUGGGCAAACCGGAACUGCCAAUCGAACGGGGUUCUCCUGUACCGGGCACCUACUGCUCUCGCAACUUCUACGAGUGUCAUUUAAAACAGUGCCGCCUGCAGAGUCCCAACUACCCGGGCGAGUAUCCACGCAACGCCAGCUGCUUGAUUACCGUGCGUCAGAAGGAAGUGCCUACAUGCAAACACGCUAUGAUCUCCGUCAAAUACACGCCCACUAGCUCGAUUGGUCUCAAUACCGCCGCUAACACGAGUCUCAGCGUUUGGCAAGACUGUCCGCCAGAGAAGGAUCGUCUGAUAUUCCGCGAUGGCGCGCGCAUGGAAGACCCGGUGCUGCUGGUGUAUUGCGGUGGUCCGCUCCCCCAGGUAACCGCACGCGGACCUGCGAUGCAGAUCGAAUUCCGUAGCUCCGCUGUGGCGAUACCAUUGGGCGCGUCAGCACUGCGACUCGAGCUCGAGCUACGAGUAGUCUAUGUUGACUCGGACGGUCUGGACUACGCGAAGGGCACGCAGGGCUGUCACUUCUUUAUUAAUGGUACUGGUGAUGGCGCCAAGCGAAGCGGAAUAAUACGCGCGCCUUUGCACGCAUUACCGCCCGGUUCCAGCUGUACAUGGAACAUUAAAGGCGUCACCGGCGACCGUAUAUGGAUUUAUUUCUCAUCGUAUUCGCAACGCGAUCUGACCGGCAACGGUGAGAACAAUGCAAGCGCUGGACAAUCCAUGACGGAUAGCUCGUCACUAUGCGCCAUUAAACUCGUGUUCUGGGAUGGCGCACCAAACACUGGCCAACCAAUGGCCACUUUGUGCGACGAUACACCCAAAUUGUGCGCCCACGCGGCACUCCGGAACAUCACCAGAAGCACGAGACCAUGUACCGAAGAUGAGAGUUAUUUGACCAACGCACCAAGUCUGAUUCUACGCAUGGAGACUAUUUUAGGUACUGCUCUUCAUCCAGUUAACUUUCACGCGCGAUACGAAUUCAUCUCUACCAUUCAACCCGGCGAAUCUUGGGGCGAAGGUGUCUGCAGUCGGGUAUGGCGCAAGGCGCACACCGGUGAGAUAAUGUCGCCGCGCGAUGUACGUCUGUUCGGCCGUGGUGGUUCCAAUAAAUUGGAUUGCAAAUAUCGCGUAGAAGCUAGUACCGGCGAGCGGAUCCGUCUGACGUUGCACAAUGUCAGUCUAGGCGAAUCUACUAUGUGCAUGAGCGAUUCGGAUCCGCACACCGGUAGACCGCGCUGUGUUCAGGAAGUAGGAUCCAGAGAGGCACGUUUGGUCAUUUACGAAGCGCCGUGGAGAGAUGUGAGGCUGCCCCGAGCAUGUCUGUGCGAUAACACGUCUUAUUUGCCCCUCACAUACAUAUCUUCAAGCCGGGCACUGGAGAUCACCUUCUUGAUAGAUCAGCAAGCGCCUCAUGAAGACUUCGAGACGCUUUUCUUUUAUGCCAGCUUUGAACUCAUUCGCGUACCGGAGUGUCCGCGUAAGCAAAGAAUUCGCGGCGAGGGUGGCGAAUUGAGAUUCGUGACUCCUCCACUGUCAAGACCAGACAUCUACUGCGAGGGCCUUCCGUGGCUCGUGGAGGCGCGCGAGAACCGUUCGCUUUUUGUUCUAACCUGGGGCUGGUUUCUGCCGUUGGAACCGCUUGUCGUCGGUUCCGACUCCUCGUCCGGCAGCGGUGGCGGUGAUCAGGUCAAAUGUCCGACCACUAAUCGCAUCCUCCUCUAUUCCGGCUGGCCGCCAAAGUUGCUGAAAGUGGUGUGUCCUGCAGAACCUGGUGCACGCGAGUUCACCGUGCACGUAUUCUCCGAGGAAUGGCUAGGUUCCAUCGAAGAAGGCAAAUGGCCAGGUCCACCAAGACCGCCCGCUCUGUUACUCGACUUCGUGGCACGAGAAUCCGGCCAGGCGGCUGCCUCUUGGCUGGAAAUUUCCAAGAGUCGUGCGGCGCUACGCCGCCAGCUACGUCUUCCGGACAGAAGUGGCGUGGGCAUAAUGGAGAACGAUACGAACGGCAUGCCAUUACAUGUCGGAGACUGUCCGCACAAAUGUCCCGAGCUGGGUGCGUGCAUAGCCGCCAGUCUCUGGUGCGACGGUCACGCACACUGUCCAUCAGGUCACGACGAGGCCAACUGCGGUAAUGGAGCCCGUCUUCUUGGAUUGCUGAAGCCUACUAUAUGGCUCGUUGUGACUGGCGUCGCUGGAAUUGUCACUGCCUUUGCGUGCCUAUUUACUAUUCUUAUUAGCAGAUCUAAAGCUCGCACAAAGAGACUUCAUUACAAAGGGACGAAGAAAAGCAAGAAGCCGCGACGAGCACCGACGGAAGAGACGCUCCUCGGCGCGGCAUCCUGACAACAGCCACCCGGUUUCGUGGAGUAUAUCCAUGUAGACCGGGAGACGACUGUCUAGCGACAUUAAUUCUGUUUCACCGUCCAAUGACUUACUCUACUAAUAAAAGGAAUCUUCCCCUGUGGUGCCAUAAUAGAGUCGCGAGUGGCGGAUUUUUCGAAAUUUUGCUACGUGCUUCUUCCUUUCUUCGCAUUCGUUUCCGGCAUGACUCGCUCGGUUCGUUCUCACAUACCUAUACAUAUGUCGAUUUGGAACGAAACAAAUCUACUUCACCACCGAAUGUCUUCUGUUCGUGCGAUAAUGAUGUACUUGUUUGUGAUAAUCCUUUGUACUCACAUAUGUUUAAUUACAUUGCGUGUAAGAACACACGUACACUCUCAUCAUUUCUAUGUAGAUAUUUAGAUUUUUAAGUCAUCUUAUCGCGACGGAAAGUAAAUCUCAAAAUAUGUAGCACUUAACUGAAUUGUGCGAAAAAUAUAAUAUAUCUUUCGAACGUUAUCAUUACCUGAAAAAAAAUGCGUUUACAUAGUGA